AUGCAUGCUAUAGGAGCUACAUUGCUGAUUAGUGCGGCACCGUGCUUUAUUCUGCUGUUCAUUCCUAUUCAGGAUAACUCCCCUUCCAAUGGACCUUGGCUUAAGGUUCUACUUGCAUUCGGUUCAGGCGGUUUGCUCGGAGAUGCAUUUUUACAUUUGAUUCCUCAUGCUCAACCUGCCGGCGCUGGUUCUCAUUCACAUUCGCAUUCACAUUCCCAUCAUGAAGGUCACAGUCAUGAACCCCAUGAUAUGAGCGUAGGUGGAUGGGUGCUUGCAGGUAUAAUUGCAUUCUUAUUGGUUGAAAAAGUGGUUCGAAUCAUCCGUGGAGAGGAUGGUCACGGUCAUGGACAUUCCCAUGGUCAUUCCACUCCAAAAUCCGAAAAGGCCAAGCUUUCUGAUGCUGAGUCAGAUGAGGGUGAAUCCGAUACCUCAAGUAAAAAGGACUCCAAGAAGAAGCAGAAAAAAGAAGAAGAAGCUGAAUGUUCGAUGAUAGAACCAGAGAGAAUAAAGGUAGCUGCGUACCUCAACCUUGUAGCUGAUUUUGCCCACAACUUUACUGACGGUCUUGCCAUUGGUGCCUCAUUCAUUGCAGGAACCACUGUCGGUGUCGUAACGAUGGUCACUGUUCUUGUCCAUGAAGUGCCCCAUGAGAUUGGAGAUUUUGCUAUUCUGAUACAGUCAGGAUAUACGAAAGGAAAGGCUAUGGGUAUUCAACUCUUGACUGCGAUAGGAGCUCUUUCUGGAUGCGCUCUUGCCUUGUGGGUUGCCGAUCCAACAGCUCUUGCUGAUGCAGCUGCUAGCAGCUGGAUCCUUCCCUUCACAGCUGGUGGGUUCAUCUAUAUAGCCACCGUUUCGGUUAUUCCUGAACUUCUGGAGAAAUCAUCAACAGCACAAUCUUUACGUGAAAUUUUUGCACUUAUGGCGGGUAUAUUUAUGAUGUACCUUAUUGCUAUGUAUGAAUGA